GCAGUGGCAGACAGCUUGCUACUUUUCUUUUGAGAACUCAGAACUUGGCACAUUGUACUGUCAAUUCCUGGUUGCUACAGUAGCAGGCACCAAGCUGAACGAAGAAGUGCCUUCUGAAAGGGACAACUUCAAGAAGCAGAGAACACAAGGACACUGUACAAGACACAAUGGCUGCUUUUGGGAAAAGAGGACUGGAUGCAAGAGGGACUGAAAGUGCCACUAUAUCACUGGCUCCUGCAAAGAAAACUAAAGGCUUCUGCAGUAGUGGUAAGGCUCUGGAGCAAAACUACAAGUGGGUGCGUUCUGUGACUAAUGCGGAUGCAUUGGCAAAGUGCGUUUUCUGCAAAAUAACCUUCCCCAUCAAGGGGGCUGAGGAAAAGGCCCUGAAGCGUCACCAAAUGUCUGAGCGGCAUCAGCAAAGCCUGCAAUUACAGGAGCAGAACUCCUUCAUACCAGAAUGUGCCCAGACACAUUCCCCAUCUAGACAGUCUUUCAAAGUUACUGCAGCAGAGGUUACAUCAGUGUACCAUGGGAUGAAACAUAAUCACUCUCGCAUGUCUUUGGACUGUGAUAGUAGACUGGCACAGGUAAUGUCCUCUGAUUUGGCAAUCGCAACAAAAGUGCGUUGUGGGGCAAAGGCUGACAACAUUAUGAUGAAUGUACUUGCACCUUAUUCAGAAGAGCUCUUUCUGCAGGAUCUAGGAUCUUCAUACUUUUCCAUUUCAUCUGAUGCUUCCAAUAAAGGAAAUAAAAAAAUGUUCCCGUUGGUACUUCAGUACUUCCACCGCAGUGAUGGCAUCCAACAGAAGCUCCUUGACAUUUACGAAGAUCACAAUGAGUCUGCUGAAUCUGUAGUUACAAAAAUCAAAGAUAUACUAUUACAGAAAGGACUGCAGUUGCAGCAGGUGUCCAGUUAUAGUGCAGAUAAUGCUUCUUUCACUUAUUGGAAACAUCACUCCAUUUCUAAACAUCUCCAGACUGAGAUGCCGCACAUAAUCCCUGUUAACAACUUGUGCCACGUGUUGCAUAACUGUGGUAAAGAUGCCAACAAGACCCUUGCAAAAUAUGAUGUUGAAAUGCUGGUCUUGAAGUUGCAUAGUGAAUUUUCAUCCUCUAAUGAAGAUGUGGCACAUCUGAAAGACGUGCUUGCUUUCCUGGAUCAGGACUGGAAAGAAAUUCUGCACAAUGUUUUUACCAGGUGGUUAACACUGCUGCCAACUGUUUCAAGACUGGUGGAAUGCUGGCCAGCCAUAAAAAGCUAUUUCAUUAGUCAGGGACCUGAGGAAUGCCACCCUUUAAUUUGGAAGUUUGUGGAGGAUGAGGAGGAUGGUUUCUCAGAGCAUAACAUUUCUGAGGCAGAAUGCUAUAUCCACUUGCAUUAUAUUCUCCCAAUCUUCCACGAGUCAUUAAUGAAACUGGAGAGCAGCACCAUCACUGCUCCAGAACUGUAUGCAGUGAUGCAGGGAGUCAGAGGUGAGCUGCAGAACAGGCUUGAUGAUCAGUAUUUUGGAGCCAAAGUAGCAUCUGCUUUAAGGCUCUUACCCCAGCACGUGGGGCAGCAGGUUUCUCAGGAUUUUACUGCAUUUUACAGCAGAGCCAUUUCAUACCUGCAAAGCUGGUUUGAUUUUAACAGUAGCCCUUUAAAAAGUAUGCAGGUUUUCAGUCUUCAGGAAACUGUAACCUGGGAUAAACUCUGCACAGCAACCGAGGCCUUAAAUUUGAAAGAUGUGGACAUGGAUGCACUGUAUUCAGACUACCUUGCUUUAAGAACUGCACUGCCCAUUUUGCUCAACAUGACAGAAGCAUCCGUUGCUGAUCGGUGGGUGAAUUUUUUCAGUAAUGCUGAAGAUUGCAGUACAUUGUAUAGAGUGGUACAGUUUGUGCUAUCUAUCCCAGCUACUAACAGCUAUGUUGAGCAAGUGUUUUCUCUAAUGGCAACUUCAUGGACAAACCAAAGGGAUGAAAUGGUUCUACCCCUGAUAAAAGCUGAACUCCAGGUUAAGCUAAAUUUUAACUUGAGUUGUGAACAGUUUCAUGCAUUUGUUAAAGAUAACCAGAAGUUUCUAGAGGUUGCAAAGUCCAGUGACAAAUACCCAUUCAAGCACAAAUACGUAUAAUUUUCUGUCACUGCACAACAGCUUCUGUUGGCGGUUUUCUGUAAUUUUGCUUGCAGUGUGCUGUUUGUGCCUUGUUUAAUUUUGGUAGUACCAUGAAAUGAUUUCAUACUGUCAGUAGUAGUAUUGUAUAUGCACAUUCUUGCAUAUAACCUUUUUUCCAAAUAAUGCGGGAUGCACCUGCAUUCAUCUCCUUGUACCUGUCAGAAGAGUUCACUGAUUUGCCAUGUCUUGCAAGUUAAGUGGCAAGCCAGGAAUAGUCUGAACAUGAGUCUACACAGUAGUAAGUGCUAUUUAAUAACCUACUAAUCAAUCAGUAGUGAACACUGGCACUUUGGUGCCAGUGCAACUGAUCCAGUCAAAAUCUGUAGCUGUGGUGUGUUUUACUACAGACCUGCUACUGAAAAAGUUGCAAGAUAUUAUGAGAACCUGG